AUGAUGCAGUACUUUGGCGGGCAGCUCCUUACGAACGAGACGGUUUCCAUCAUGGAGCAAGAUCACAUGCCUGCAAGGUGCUCUCUGCAAUCCUGUCCCCUCGUCAUCCCACAGGGCCACUAUGGCAUCGGGAACUGGUGGCUCUGUUCUGGCGACUUCGACCCGCUAAUCCAUCGGACGAAGUUGGAGCCAAUGCCAAAGCGGUGUGUAGAGGCUCAGGUGCACUCGGAUCAGGGGCUCUUCGGCUUCUGGCCUGUUUGGGACCGCCGGCUGGGCUACUAG